AUGUCUACUUUGUUUCCCUCACUCUUUCCUCGUGUGACGGAGACACUUUGGUUUAAUUUGGAUCGACCCUGUGUGGAGGAGACAGAACUGCAACAGCAGGAACAGCAGCAUCAGGCAUGGCUCCAGAGCAUUGCAGAAAAAGACAACAACCUGGUACCAAUUGGCAAGCCAGCCUCAGAGCACUAUGAUGAGGAAGAGGAGGAAGAUGAUGAAGAUGAUGAAGAUAGUGAGGAGGACUCAGAGGAUGAUGAGGAUAUGCAGGAUAUGGAUGAAAUGAAUGACUACAAUGAAUCACCUGAUGAUGGAGAGGUCAAUGAGCCUCCUCUUCAGGUGGACAUGGAAGGCAACGAACAGGAUCAGGACCAGUGGAUGAUCUAG